AUGAGUGGCAUUUAUUGAAACUUUGGAUAUUGCACUGGACAUAAUAGAGGGAGGUAUAAGGGCACCUGGUGGGCCUCUGGGAAUAUACAGCCCAGGGCUUGGAGUCUGCUGGGAAGCAGCAGUACCCAGGAGAAGACAAAAGGCGAGGGCUGGAAGUGGAAGUGGGUGGAAAUGGCACUGAGGGGACUCCAAGCACACAUGAAGACACACGAAUGCAAGGGGCUGCUGGUGAGAAAGCUGUGUGAGCAGAUGGAAGGCAGGGACAUCACAGAGCAACAGGUGGUGACAUCAUCAAGCGAAGGACUGUGACCACACCACCCUCGCUGAGUACCUUUGGGUGUGGGCAGAGCCUGGUCCAGUUUGUUCGUCCUGGACUCCUGCUGAGCGUGUGCGCGAGGCUUGGAGGUGGAACGAGCGUUUGGCUUGAGUGUUGGGUUGUGCUUUGGGGACUGUGGGCAGCAGCUCACAGUGCCCAUCUGUACAGCCAUCACCUGCAUUUCCCUGGCCUGCUUGGCUCAGGCAGCCGGGGUCCUACGAGGCGCACAUACAUCAGCUGAGUGCGCAACUUUCAUCACCGUGGUGCUGGUGAGGGGGGAGCAGAUCCUCAUCUUCAGACCCCAGCAGGCCACAGUGUGAACAUCAUGGCAGCAGAGCAGGCAUGGCUGUGUCCGAUCUGCCGUGAUGAGCGAAGGGAUGUGGCUUACGCGGUACCUUGCUGCCACGAGUUUUGUCUGGGCUGCAUCCUGCGGUGGGCCAAGCAGAACAACAGCUGCCCGCUCUGUAGGACAGUCAUGACUGUCAUCAGGGUUGCUGAGUGGGACAACGAUGAAGACCUGGAUUUCAUGAUCUGGCCCCCAGCACAGCCCGUACCCGCCUGCUUCCAGGCAGGCAUCGCUCCUGGCUACAGCCCCCGCAGCUCUUCGCCAUCUCCUUCACUGUCCCCUUUACCAUCCCCGCUGCCCUUUCUGCUGUUGCAAGAGGAGUGGGAGAAUGAGGAGGCAGAAGAGCAGGAUGCUCAGGAGGCAGAUGAAGAGGGGGCUGAGGAAGCACAGGAGCAAUGGGCUGAGGAGGCAGAAGAGCAGCAGGCCAAGGAGGAGGAUGAAGAGGAGGCUGAGGAAGUAGAGGAGCUGCAGGCUGAGGAGGCAGAAGAUGAGCCUACAGUGGGCGGUCUCCUGCCUGAGAUCUGGGCAGCUCUGUUCAGGCAGCACCAGCAGAUCCUGGACCCUGUGCUGCCCUGGCUGCGACAAGAGCUGAGAGUCAUCUUUGGGGGACAGUGGUGGCCAGCACUGUCAACAGAGAGCAUCAUCCUGAAUGCUCUGUGCAACGCUGGGCUGGAUAGCGAGGCCCUGGUCCAGGAGGUGUGGCCUGUCCUGGAGAACAGAGCAGAGGCACUCAUCCAGGGACUCAUUGACACCAUUGUGUGCCAGUGCGGUGAGGAGGCCCUCAGGCAGCUGGACCUCCAGGAUGCUGAUGUGUCCAGGGAGCAGCAGGACGGCCCUGUGGCCGCUCCUAGCCCCGCAGCCUCCCCACAAGUGACCCUCACCUCACGGCCCGCAAGUCCCAACACACAGGACCGGCCCAGCACACCAGAGGCUGUCCAUGGCUGCCCCAGUCACUGCCCCGUUGUGCGCAUCCUGAGGGAACCGGAGAAGCCCAAUGAGGAGAUGGAGCAGGGCACAGCAGCAGGUCCUUCUGCUCAGGGCAGUGGCUCCUCAGCUCCUGGCCGCUCACCUGGGGGGGCUCGGCAUCCCCCCAAGAGAAGGGCCGACAGUGACUGUGAUCCAGACCAGCCCUGCAAGAGGCUGCGCCGUCGGCGGCACUAGCAGCCACUUUAAUUAAAAAUAAAAAUAGAAAAGAUUGUUC